GUCUUUGAACUCAUAGAGAUUUGCCUGCCCUUCUCUCCCUAGUGCUAGGAUUAAAUGUGUAUACCACCUGACAAUAGUUUUUAAAUAUUUGAGAUGGGGUCUAUGUAAUUCUGGUUUGCCUUGAACUCAGAGAUUAAAUGAGAUUAAAGGCCGGUACUAUACAACAUGCAUUCCUAAUGACUUUUUUAAAAAGUCAUACUUUCUUAGUACAUUUUAUUAGGGGAGCCAUGCAUGGAAGGAAGUUCUGGAGUUGUCUCUGUCUAUCCUAUCAUGUGGAUCCUGAGUUAAAGAGGGAUAAAAGUUAGCUUUUCAGUUACACAGGCAUUGCUCAAGAAUUCUCCUGACCCUACACUCUACUCAGGGACUGGAUGGCCCACUUACAAUGGUCCUCCUUCCAAAGACAAAUGCCCACACCAUACAUUUCCGAGCCUUCUUAGUUAUUCUGACCCUUCUUCAGGGGACAACCAUACUCUUUCAUUAGCUGUCUUGUCAGCCCUAAAAAAAUAGUUUAGACAUGUAUCUAUAGGAAAUAGAAGGGGGUGGGCAGAAAAGCAGUCACAAAGAAGCUGUUUUGACAGCACACCUAGUCUGAAUAUAAGAUGUUUGUAGCAAGAAGGAUGUCUGCCCCAUCAUCCCCCAGAGACUCACUCGUGUGGUGGUCGUGCUAAGGGUGAGGAGAGAGGGGAACAUCUCCCAAGAGCACUUCCAACCCUCACCUGGGCUCCAGAGGCCUCUUUGCUUCCUUUUUCUCUCUCCUCAGUUCCCUGCCUCAAGAUUCUCCUCAGCAAAGGCCUUGGGCUGGGCAUCGUGGCCGGGUCACUUCUUGUAAAGCUGCCCCAGAUAUUUAAACUCUUGGGAGCCAAGAGUGCAGAAGGACUGAGUCUCCAGUCAGUAAUGCUGGAGCUGGUGGCACUGACUGGAACUGUGGUCUACAGCAUCACCAACAACUUCCCCUUCAGGCCUGCCUUUUUCCCUCCCAACUCUUGACUCUGCAGCUCUUGGGGUGAAGCACUGUUCCUGACACUCCAGACAGUUACCAUCUGCUUCCUGGUCAUGCACUACAGAGGAGAGAGCGUGAAAGGAAUCGCUUUCCUUGCCUGCUACGCCAUGGUCCUGCUGGCGCUGCUCUCCCCACUCACGCCUCUGGCUGUAGUCACCCUGCUCCAGGCCUUUAAUGUUCCUGCUGUGGUGGUGGGGAAGUUGCUCCAGGCAGCCACUAACUACCACAACGGGCACACAGGCCAGCUUUCAGCCAUUACAGUCUUUAUGCUCUUUGGGGGCUCCCUGGCCCGAAUCUUCACUUCUGUUCAGGAAACUGGAGACCCCCUCAUGGCUGGAAUCUUCGUGGUCUCUUCUCUCUGCAAUGGCCUCAUUGCUGCCCAGGUCCUCUUCUACUGGAAUACAAAGGCUCCCCACAAACAGAAAAAGGAGCAAUAGAGCUAAACUAGCUUCUAGAAUAAUUCCAUUUCUACUCAUCUGCUGGUGCAAUUUAAUCAUCCUCCAUUCCUCUAACUGCAGCCUCCUGAGCCAGGGCUGUGGGAAUAGCAAAGCUGCAUUCCCUCACUCCAGUGGGCUGGGAUCCCUCCUCUUAAGCAGCGGUCUUCUUACUGGAGAUGAUUCUGCCCUGUCCAUUUAUUUGGACCAAGGACAGAGCCUGGACCAAUGUGGUUGGAAGUUAGUGGCUGCUUCCCUCUGCUGCUCUAGUGGGAUGAUUUAUUGGACCCCAGUUCUAGAGGUGGGGGAGGGGAGGAGUGACUCAGAUAAGGGCCUCAGGGUUGGGUGGGGAGGUUCCUGCUGUGGCAGGUCCUGGCGGAAGGGUGUGUGGAGAAGGCACUGGUUGCUGCGGUAGGGAGAAAAUAAAAGAGACAAUAAAAGACUCAGAAACAUUGU